UGGCUGUGUGUUCGGUCAGGAGAGGGGGGAGGGGGGAGGAUGGAGAGGGUUGUAGAGCUGAGAGCACAUCACAUCUGUUCCCCGCCGCCUGGGAUGGGAUUACAUUACUGCACGUUGGGAGUGAAUGAGGCUCUAUAGUCACCGUGUGCGCCUCUCCCUCCCGUCCAGGACUGUGCAUUCAUCCAGCCCGGAUCUUGUGUCUGUAGACUCCGGACUCCCCAUUCACAAAUCUCCGCCGCCGGAUCUACCGGGACCUGCGAGGAGUUCCCUGCACCGGGCUGCCGAUCCUUCCCUAUAUAGAGCGACCAUGGCUGUGCCAGGACUGUGCGCCGCCUACCAGGAGACUCAGUGCUGAGGAUUGCCCAGGACUGUGCAUUGCCAAUCUCUGCCAGGACUCAUUGCUGAGGAUUGCCAGGACUGUGCAUUGCCCAUCUCUGCCAGGACUCAUUGCUGAGGAUUGCCAGGACUGUGCAUUGCCAAUCUCUGCCAGGACUCAUUGCUGUACACCUAUCUCUACCAGAACUGUGCAUUGCCAAUCUCUGCCAGGACUCAUUGCUGUACACCUAUCUCUACCAGAACUGUGCAUUGCCAAUCUCUGCCAGGACUGUGCGCUUACCUGGAGACUCAUUGCUGAGGAUUGCCAGGACUGUGCAUUGCCAAUCUCUGCCAGGACUGUGCAUUGCCCUUCUCUGCCAAGACUGUGCAUUGCCAAUCUCUACCAGGACUCAUUGCUGUACACCUAUCUCUACCAAGACUGUGCAUUGCCAGUCUCUGCCAGGACUGUCCAUUGCAUAUCUCUGCCAGGACUCAUUGCUGUGCAUUGCCCAUGCCUACCAGGAUUUACUUGAGUGCAUUGUCUAGCUUUGCCAGGAUGCCAGCCGCGGCCGGGGAUGGGCUCAGUGAGUCUCCCCCCAGGUUCUUGCUCGGGGAGAAGGCACCGGUGCAACUGGAAGAGUCCUGCCUUCCAUCCUGUGUGAGCAACGUGUCCCGGGAGACUCUGCGCAACUUCCAGCACACCAAGAGAGUGGGCAACUACCUGAUCGGGAAGAAGCUGGGAGAGGGCUCCUUUGCCAAAGUCCGAGAAGGGCUGCAUGUGGUCACCGGAGAGCGGGUGGCUGUGAAGGUGAUUGAUAAGAAGAAAGCCAAGAAGGACACUUAUGUGACCAAGAACCUGCGCAGGGAGGGUCAGAUCCAGCAGAUGAUCCGACACCCCAACAUCACCCAGCUGCUCGAUAUCUUGGAGACAGAGAACAGCUACUACCUGGUGAUGGAACGCUGCUCAGGAGGGAAUCUCAUGCACAAAAUUUACGAAAGGAAAAGAUUGGAGGAAAACGAAGCCCGGAAAUACAUCCGCCAGCUGAUUCAGGCAGUAGAGCACCUGCACCGCGCUGGGGUGGUACACAGAGAUUUGAAGAUUGAGAACCUGUUACUUGAUGAGAACAACGACAUCAAGCUCAUCGAUUUUGGCCUGAGCAACUGUGCCGGAAUCUUGGGCUACACGGACCCGUUCAGCACACAGUGUGGCAGCCCAGCCUACGCAGCUCCGGAACUCCUUGCAAGGAAAAAAUAUGGCCCCAAAGUGGACGUCUGGUCUAUUGGUGUGAACAUGUAUGCCAUGCUGACGGGCACCCUGCCAUUCACGGUGGAGCCUUUUAGCCUGAGAGCUUUGUAUCAGAAGAUGGUGGACAAAUCCAUGAAUCCGCUCCCUUCCCACCUCUCUCCCGCUGCUGUCAGUUUUAUGCGCUCGCUGCUGGAGCCGGAUCCAUUGAAGAGACCCAAUAUCCAACAAGCACUGUCCAACCGCUGGCUCAAUGACAACUAUAAUGGAAAGGCCGUGCAUACACAUACUUACCCAAACAGAAUCCACCUGGAAGAUCUGAGCCAAAGCGUGAUUCGUCACAUGUCGGAGAAGCUUGGUUACAAGCACAGCGACGUCAUCAACGUCAUUCUGUCCAAUCGGGCUUGUCAUACCCUCGCUGUCUACUUCUUGUUAAACAGAAAGAUGGAGCGCUACCUAAUCACCAUGAGGAAACCUGACAUUAACGACAAUGUGUGCCACAAGAACCAGAUGCACCCAUUAGACAAAUACAAGGCCAACAAGAACUCCUACGAGGAACGAAAGCCUAAAGACCACGAAAAGCGAGGGGAGCAGCGGUCUGCUCAGAAGAAGAUCGAGAAAUACUCUCCGUCUCACAGGCAACCCGCAUGUCCAAUGACACACAAUGGAAAGCCUUCCGUCAAGGAACGGAAAUCCUCCAAGUCUGAACGAGAAUCCAUUGGAGGAUUAAGCCCAUUCCAUGAAGUCAGGAUUACCAAAACUGGAUGUGUCACUUCCUGCUCUUUGGAAUAUCUGGAAAUGCAAAGUCCGGAUCCGAGAACGCCAAAGAUGAUGAGACGCCAAGACUCCCACUCCCAAGAGACUGUGAACAUGAAUAUGAGCUGUCGCAUGAGAGAACCCCACCUCAAUGUUGUGCGUUCCUUCGAGUCUGUAAACAGAGAAGACCAAAUAGAGUCUUUAUCCCCAUCCCACCAGUACCGAGUGAUCGGUUCGCCAGUCUCCUCUCCUCGUCACUCCAGUGAAAGAACUCUGUCCCCAAUCUUCCAGUUUGACAGCACCACCCCGGUGAAGGCCCAUUCCACACUGUCUUCCUUCACCUACGAGGACAAGAGCAGCCCGUCAAGCUCUGAGUCCAUGUCCCCAACUUCCCCCCAUUCCCCCCAUUCCCCGUCCUGUAAUAACAAUGGAAACCUGGGUAGCCCAAACAGUGUCAGAAGCCGAGGGCGAUUUCCCAUGAUGGGUAUUGGACAGAUGUUGAGGAAGAGGAGCCAAGUUACCUCUCCAAAACCUGAUAACGCCCUGGACUCCCGAAUGCCGGGUUUGCAUCAGAUGAGCCCGGGAUAUGCCAGCUUCAACUCCAGUGACAUGAACGUGUUUUGCUGAUGGACAAUCUUUAAAGAACUGUUCUUUAGCUCCGCCUCUGAGGAACUCCCAGAUUUAGAGAGAGAGAGAGUGGAGAAUGUUGCUAUUCUUGUAAAUGUGAAUUUUGUAAAAAAUGACAGAUUGUAUCCAUAAAGCUUGAUUUUGUUCUAAGAUUUCCUCAUUGAUAAACAAUGUCACUUCCUCA